AUGAACUUCGUUCUGGGAACGAGAAGGAUUCCUGAGAAGGCGAAGAGGGUGGUUAUUCUGGUUCAGAAUCAGAUUGGAGAAGCACGUUUUGGUGCUGAGCUUUUUGGAGAUGUCUUGAAGCUUUCUGUGUUCCUCAAACCACCGCCCUCCUCCGCAUUUGACUAUUCAGGCAUUUGCAGAAGGCAACAGUUCUUGAUAAGGUCUCUGGGAGGUGGCAUUGACCAUUCUAGAAAUAUGCAGCAAGACUUAAGAUCUGUUGAGGUUGAUGCUGAGAGUGUUAUUAGAUCAAUUACUCCUGCCCUUGAUCCUACUAGACAUAAAGGCCAGGCAGGAAAAAUAGCUGUUAUUGGAGGGUGCCGUGAAUACACAGGUGCUCCAUAUUUUGCUGCUAUUUCGACUUUAAAAAUUGGUGCGAAUCUGUCCCAUGUCUUUUGUACAAAAGAUGCUGCUCCUAUCAUCAAAAGCUACAGUCCAGAGUUGAUUGUGCACCCUGUAUUGGAAGAAUCAUACAGUGUCAGGGAGGAGGACAAGAAAACCAUAUCUCGCAAGGUUCUUGCCGAAGUUGACAAAUGGAUGGAAAGAUUUGAUUGUCUUGUCAUUGGUCUAGGCCCGGGAAGAGAUCCAUACUACUGUUUUAUUGUUCAUCCUUCUUUUACUUGA